ACGUGCCUAAUGACCUUGGGCGCUUCCAUUGCUCCGGGACUUUCCCAGUGACGUCACUGAGUGGGUACGGCUUCCUGGGCCAAAGCUCAAUAACAAACAACAUGGCGGGCAAUGCACCAGUAGUUUACAUUAAAAGAAAACGGUCGUCGUCAGGAGUUUAUUGUAUUGCCCCAGGCUGCACAAAUGGAUUUUAUACGAAGAAGGAAGAAGUACAUUUCCAUAGGCUGCCACUAACGGAUGAGAAGCUGCUCAAAGCAUGGGUUAUUUCCAUGAAACGGUCCGAUCCGCCGCUGAAUCACUACGCACGUGUGUGCAGCGAACACUUUAAAAAUGACGAUUAUGUCCACAAAAUGAGGUUUGAUGAGUCUGGAUGCCUGGUUCAAUACAAAACAUCGGAUUUGAAGCCAGGAUCUGUUCCCACAAUAUUCGAUUUCUCAACGUAUGCAGUCGGGAACACCGACCGUCCCAGCACGUCGGCCGAGCAAGACAAUGACAGUGUCAACAAACGUGAAGUUCGAGCCACCAAACGAGUUGCUUCAGCUGCCGAGAGAGAGGUCAAACGAGCUGUCCAUACUGCUGCAGGGUUGUUGUCCUGUCAGACAGAAGAUACAUCCUGCAUAGGUGCUGAUGAUGCAAGUGAUGAUUCCCAGGUACUGGAGGCACACACAACUAAACGUGGGCAGUCAGUGACUGUGGCCACACAGACGGAACCACUGGAACCAUGCCCGUGUAAAACUGUGACUUUGGUGAGUGUGCAGACUGGGACCGAUGACAUCAACAACAGUCAGUUGCUCAGUCAUGAUCAUCCAUAUUGCGUCAGCAGGGACAUUGCUGGUGGAUCCGCCACACUGGCACCUGCAGAUGCAAUGGCCAAAGCACCACCGAGUCCAACACCUGAUGUGUCAAUGCCUGAAGAAGAUGCUUCCAGCUCUGGGGAGAGCAUUCCAGGGACUGAGUCUUCUUCGUCGGACUACAGCCCUACUGAAGAUGACAUUAUACAGAAUGACAGCGAGGAUGAUGGAGAACAUUCAGUGGAUGGCGGAGAAGAUCCAGUGUCAGACAAAAAAUAUCUGGUAUCCCAUGCACAACCGAUGAAGCUGUUUUGUGUAUGCGGAAAAUGUGUGAUCAGCAGGCCGUACUGUUCAGCCAAAGGCUUUGGACUGACAGUGAAAACUGACUGCAUAGAUGGCCAUGAGUUUGUGUGGACUUCUCAACCCCUCUUAAAUGGCACAAUGUCCUGCAACCUGUUAGUGCCAGCCGUGAUUUUCCUGACUGGAAAUGCUUAUGGCCCAUUUUCUGAGAUAUGCCAGUGUCUGGGCCUGGAAUCACUCUCGACAAGACACUGCUGUAACAUCCAGAGAGUGUAUGUGCUGCCGGAAGUUACCAGUGUCUGGAACUUGCAUAAUGAGGCAGUGAUGGCAGCAACUGGCGAUCAGGUUGUCACUGUGUCAGGCGAUGGGCGAUGUGACAGCCCUGGUCAUUGUGUUACGUUUGGAACGUACACCAUGCUUGAUAUCAAACCCGAUCACAAUGUGACAAUUUCCAUACUAGUCACAGACUUCCACCCUGCAGUGCAGAAGAUGCUACGUGACAAGACCAUCAAGCAUGAGUUUGACUUGUGGCACAUUGUGAAAGGUGUGAAGAAGCGGAUGCUGCAGAGCAGGAAUACCGAGCUGAAGGAGUGGGUGCGCAUGUACGUUCCAAAGCGCAAGAAGUUCACGGAGGAGAGCUUUCAGGCACGCCUUCGCCUCGCCGCAUUGGAUCACAACCACAACAUCGACCGUGAGCAGGCACAGACCAAGAAGGGGGCACUGCAGUUCAAACUGCAGUACUCAACGCCUGCUGGAGGAUAUGUGGUGAAGGCGAUGAAGACACCAAAAAGCUACAACUUCCGAAGAGACAUCAUGGUAGGGGUAGUCGAGAGGUGUUUAUCAGCAUCGUCCAUGAGGUCCGAACUUGCAGAACACCGUCAUACAGAUGCAGAGAAGGAGAAAAGGACGCUUGGUGCGCAUAAAGGCCUGGUAAAACCAUCGAAGGAGGAUGCUGUGGCACACCACCUAAGUCGAUUUGUGAACAAGUAA